AUGCCGCGGGGCCCGGAGGAGCCGGUGCAAGUGUGGGUGGGUGGCCAGCUCUUCCAGGCCGACCAGGCCCUGCUGGUGGAGCACUGCGGCUUCUUCCGCGGCCUCUUCCGCUCCGGCAUGAGGGAGGCGCGCGCGGCCGAGGUGCGCCUGGGCGUGCUGAGCGCGGGCGGCUUCCGCACCACGCUGCAGGUGCUGCGCGGAGAGCGGCCGGCGCUGGAGGCGGCCGACGAGCUGCUGCAGGCCGUGGAGUGCGCCGCCUUCCUGCAGGCGCCGGCGCUGGCGCGCUUCCUGGAGCACAGCCUCACGUCGGACAACUGCGCGUUGCUCUGCGACGCGGCCGCCGCCUUCGGCCUGCGAGACGUGCUCCACAGCGCCGCGCUCUUCAUCCGCGACGGCGCGCGCGAGCUGGCGGCCGAGCUGGCGCUGCCCGAGGCCCGCGCCUACGUGGCGGCGCAGCGGCCCAGCACCUACGUGGCCGUGAGCACGCACGCGCCCGCGCCCGGCUUCCUGGAGGACGCGUCGCGCACGAUGUGCUACCUGGACGAGGAGGAGGACGCGUGGCGCACGCUGGCCCCGCUGCCCCUGGAGGCCAGCACGCUGCUGGCAGGCGUGGCCACGCUGGGCAACAAGCUCUACAUCGUGGGCGGCGUGCGUGGCCCCAACAAGGAGGUGGUGGAGCUGGGCUUCUGCUACGACCCCGACGGCGGCACGUGGCGCGAGUUCCCCAGCCCACACCAGCCGCGCUACGACACGGCGCUGGCCGGCUUCGACGGCCGCCUCUACGCCAUCGGCGGCGAGUUCCAGAGGACGCCCAUAAGCUCCGUGGAGUGCUACGACCCGGCCGCGGGCUGCUGGAGCUUCGUGGCCGACCUGCCGCAGCCGGCCGCCGGCGCGCCCUGCGCCCAUGCGCGUGGCCGCCUCUUCGUGUGCCUGUGGCGGCCGGCCGACACCACAGCUGUGGUGGAGUAUGUGGCGCGCGGCGACCUGUGGUUGCCGGUGGCCGAGCUGCGGCGUCCGCAGAGCUACGGCCACUGCAUGGUGGCCCACCGCGACAGUCUCUACGUGGUGCGAAACGGACCUUCCGACGACUUCCUGCACUGUGCCAUCGACUGCCUCAACCUCUCCACGGGCCAGUGGACGGCGCUGCCCGGCCAGUUCGUCAACAGCAAGGGAGCGCUCUUCACGGCCGUGGUGCGCGGCGACACCGUCUAUACGGUCAACCGCAUGUUCACACUGCUCUACGCCAUCGAGGGCGGCACUUGGCGACUGCUUAGGGAGAAGGUCGGCUUCCCACGGCCUGGAUCUUUGCAGACCUUCCUCCUCAGGCUGCCUUCUGGCGCUCCGGGGCCUGUGGCCUCACCGUUGCCAGAACUGUGACCCCUGGGCUGGCUUUAGGAUGGGACACCCCGAGUCUUCCCUGAGCCAGGCUGAGUGUGUGAGGCCGGCUAGGAGCUUCUGGGAACUACUUUCUGUUGACACACCCAGGUUUGGCGCCUCCUGGUGGUGUAGCCAUGUCCAAGAACCUCAGGGAGCAAUGACCAUGCCCGGGUCUGAGCCUUCAAAUCACUUGGGCUCUGCUGAGAGCUGGUGGGUCACCAUGUCAGUGAAAAGGAUUGGGAGAGGGGGUGUUAGGAUUUGAGUAAUCCAGACUUGCAUGUAAUGGGUCAGUAAUUGAGUGUGGCUAGGAGUGGGUUAAGUGAUGUUAAACUGCCAAUCAGUAGGCGAGAAUUAGGUACUUACUGUGUGCCCAACACAGUGCUGGGCUUAAUGAGAGCUUUAGUUGUCAGAACAGGGGUCCACAAAGCUUAGAGUCUAGCCCAGAAAAAAAUCUUAACAGUUAUAGGACAACAAAAAGGUUUAUGCACACUUGUAAGUAAAUCCACAAAGAGUUGAAGGCAACAUGCAGAAUUUAAAAAACCCACCCACAGUAUGACAAAAGACAGUACUGAAGAAGUCAGGGCAAAGGGAAAAUAGGAAAAAUAUAUAACUCCAGGAAGGAGGAGAGUAUACAGACUAUAUGGAAGAGACAGGCAGGGUACAGUUAGCUGCUGAAAGGGGAGGUUCAGACCGUGGGGACUGAGCUCAGAAGAGGAGGAGAGGUGGGGAAGACUAGGGCAGGUGGGAAGGGUCUCUGUGAGCCCAGCCUUGAGGGCCGAGCAGCUGUAGGUGGAGGCGUCUGGGGAGCCGGUGAGGCUGGGUGGACUUGUAGCAGAUAACUGAGCUGAACCUGUGGGGGAGAGAAAGGAUUCCCCACACCCUCUUUUGGGGACAGGGAGCCUCAGGGGAGCAUCAAUGCCCGUCUCCUUUUUGCCCCACCACAGGGGCAGUGGACUGUUAAUCUGUAUGACUUCAGGUCACUCAAGGCACCAGCCCAGUCCUGCCUCAUCUUCCUCACUUGUAUCCCCUCCUCCACAUUCUAUAGGUUCGCCCUCUUGUCCUAGUCUGUGCUCCUGCCAUCCCCUGGGCCUGGAGUGCAUUUCUCUUCCUAUCUGUUGGCUCUAUACCUACCUCCUUUUUGCAGGAUUGGCUGAUCGGGCUCUUCACUUUCCUGCCUCCUGGCUGUAACAUCACUGUGUGUGCGCAGCCGUGCACAUGUGCGGAUGGUAAGGGCAGAGAUCCCGUGCUGUUAACUGAGCUGGGGCACUGCCCCACCUGCAGAGAAAAAUGAUGAUGUCUUAAGAGAACCCAGGCGAGAGAGGUCACUAGUUAGGGAUCUGGUGCUGACCUCUGUUGUUAGAUGAGGACUCUUGUCCCUCUAAAACACCCAGCUCUGGCUUCUGGGCUGAUGCCUGCCCCAGCCCUCCAGUAGACUUCUCUGAGUGGUUCUGAAUGGUCUCCAGGGCCUGAGGCCCAUGGGAAAUCCUGGCCUCAUCAGAAGUGGAGAAGGCAGCGUCAUCAGCAUGGCACCUCUUGGGCAGGGAGGCUAGUGUCAGGGCUGCCCCUAGCUGCCCGUACUCCUAACCUAUGUCCCAAGUCUGGAGAAUGCUGCCUUCAGAAGCCUGGGACAUUCCAGCCCUGGAGUAGCCUAGUAUGAUGAGUCACAGCAGUAAACCCUGACUUUUGCAUCCUGUGAAUGAUGUGCAAAGUACUUUCCCCCUCCAGACCUACCUCGGGCUUCGGAGUUGGGUACCUUCACCCCGUGGCAGAGGAGAUAUGUGAAGUUCAGAAGCUGAGUGACUGGCCCAAAGCCACAUGGCACGGCAGAGUCCCUCACUUGUGGUUCCAUCAAACUAUGAUUUUUAUUACGUGUCAAAGAUUGACUUAACUUGGUAAUAAGGGAACCAUAGAAAGGCAAAGCUGGUUGAAAAGCAUUUGAGAGACAGAGAUUUGUAUGUUUAGUUGGAAAAGACAUUCUGAAAUAUGUUUGUUAUGUUAAAGAGCAAGCUGGGUAAUGUCUUAUGGGGCAAUAAAACCAUAAUUUCUGUGGUUCUCUAGUGGACAGAAUUCCCUUGCAUCUUUACAUACAUGCACAUACACACUUGUGCAUGCACCUGCAAGUUAGCGUGUGACUUCACAAAGCCUGGGGCCUAAUCAAUAGCAAAUUGUAAAACAAAGGUACACUCCCCUUGAGAAUUAGAUAACUCUUUAUUGUUCAGCCCUGUCCCAAAGUGACAUUGAAAGGACAUGCAGUCCUCCUUUUGCCUUACUUCCAAGUUACGGAUAUUUUUUCGUAACAGUGGAGCAUUUUCCUCUUUGCU